CCUAUAUAAUACAACAUUGGAAAGGGUCAUAGAAUAUGUGAGUGGUACCUUGGUAAAGAAACCCUUUCAACCAAGCAAGUCCAAUAUCCACGGGAUCUUUUCAAUGGCACCUUCUAUGAUACUUGUUCUAGGAUUAGUUUUAGUAGUUGGUGUCAUUGUCCCUAUAAGUGAAGCCAGGCCAAGACCAUUCUUCGUAUUUGGAGAUUCUCUUGUUGAUAAUGGAAACAACAACUAUUUGCAAACCAUUGCCCGUGCUAAUGUCCCUCCUUAUGGAAUUGACUACCCAACUCAUGCACCAACAGGACGCUUCUCUAAUGGCUUCAACAUUCCUGAUUUUAUCAGUCAGCAACUUGGUGCUGAGUCUACAAUGCCCUACUUGAGCCCAGAAUUAACGAGAGAGAAUCUCUUUGUUGGUGCCAACUUUGCUUCAGCUGGAGUUGGAAUCCUUAAUGAUACAGGAGAUCAGUUUAUGAACAUAAUUAAAAUGCAUAGACAAAUAGAGAAUUUUAAAGAGUACCAAGGACGAGUGGGGCAACUAAUUGGUGUGUCGCGAACCAAAAGACUGGUGAAUGAAGCGUUGAUUCUCAUCACCGUAGGUGGCAACGACUUCGUAAACAACUACUUCCUAGUGGAGUCCACUGCUAGGUCUCGUCAAUAUCAACUCCCAGACUACGUCAACUUUCUCAUCUCUCGCUACCGAAAACACUUGCAGAAGCUAUAUAAUCUUGGAGCGAGGAGAGUUAUUGUGACAGGGACAGGACCAUUGGGUUGUGCCCCUGCAGAAUUGGCUAGGCGUGGCAAAAAUGGAGAAUGUUCUGCACAGCUACAACGUGCAGCAACAUUGUACAAUCCUCAACUGGAGCAAAUGAUACUUGAACUCAACACCAAAAUUGGCAGUGACGUUUUCGUUGCUGCAAAUACAGCGCAAAUGCACAAUGACUUCAUCAUGAAUCCCCAAGCUUAUGGAUUUACUACAUCAAAAGUAGCUUGCUGUGGGCAAGGACCCUACAAUGGCAUGGGGCUAUGCUCUCCGUUCUCCAACCUAUGCUCCAACAGAAACUUGCAUGUAUUUUGGGAUCCCUUUCAUCCAUCUGAAAAGGCAAACAAACUUGUUGUGGAACAAAUUAUGUCAGGUUCAACAAGGUAUAUGAAGCCAAUGAACCUUAGCACCAUUCUGGCCUUGGAUGCUCGAUCACAUUCAUGAAGAUUAACAAACCUAAUCAAUAGUGUGUUAUCACUAACUUGGCAUCAAUGUAAGUGCAUGAUUACUCUUACUAUAAUCGGGUCUGGAGCUUGAAUUUCAAGUUAUUAUUAGAUUAUUUUGACUUUGAUGGAGGUUGUAAAAUUGUUUAUGCAUUGAAUUUGUCCAAAUUUUAUUUUUAACUCUUUAAUCAUUUUUCAUUUGUAAGCAUAAUUAAGAAAUUAAAUAAGUUAUUCAUCAACAUAUUAAAGAUCACACUUGAUGAAUUAUAUGGAGAGAUCCGAGAUUACACUUGGUGAAUUGUCACUUGUAACCCUAUUUAUACAGCAUGCAUAAAAUC